UUCCUCGUCUUCCAAGGUUGCCGGCAACUACCCGACUAACACUAACUAGCCCUUGUCAAAAGGUUAAUCAAGUAAUAAAGAUUUUCUCUCCUUAUUCGUGAAAUUGUAUUCCAGCGCGUUCCCUUUCUUGUUGUAUGUAUACCACGCCGCAGUCGUCGAGAUCCGACGAGUCCACCGAUGGACCCCCGCGGAAACGAACCGCUCGGGCCUGCGACUCAUGCUAUAGAAGAAAGAUUAAAUGUGAUGCGGAACGUCCACAGUGUAACUGGUGCAAACAUCACAACAUCCCAUGCACUUUCGAGAGAGCUAUUCGUGUCAGACGCAAGAGGAAAUAUGUCACUGAGCGACAGAGCACCUCGCUAAGUCUGGCGGAACGCAUGGACAAAAUUGAAAUAAUAUUGACAGAGAAAUUAUCAAAUACCGAUAAACCUGAAAGUCGUCCGGCCACCGAUAUUAGACAACACGUUACACCGGCCGCGCAAUCUUUGGCUGUCUGCUUUGGAAAGCUCCAUUUCGCAGGACGCAACCUAGGAGAUAUUAGCUCAUACAAUGGAAUCCCAUUCUUUUCCCUAGAGGGCCAAAAAUGGGUCCGAGCUCGUACCGGACAGCGAGUCGACUUUGACAAGCUGUGCACAUUGGGACCACCAUGGCAGAACCAAAGAAAUCUAGGAUCCGAUGCUGUUUUGAUGAACCUGCAGUCGUCGAGUUCAUUGGAACUUCCUGAUCGCAAAACGGUGGAAGAGUAUGUGGACGUCUAUAAUUCGACAAUCUUCCGCCUCGUCUUUCCUGUCGUGAAUACGACUCUGUUCACCGAAACCCUGAACACGGCUUAUGGCCACGGGCAUGCCAAUCAGUAUUACCAAAGUGCUAGCGCCAAAGCAUGUAUAUACUCUUUCCUCGCAUUUUGCUCUGUUUUGAAUAUUCGGGGACCGGCAUAUCCCGCUGUGGACAGCGAGGGCUUUGCAUUGAAAGCGCAAUGUCUGCUACCGCAACUUUUACGGGAGCCAGUCAGCUCGGACGGGCUGCAAACUGCCGUCAUGAUGGCCAUAUACGAACUUGCUUCGGGAAACACACCAACUGCAGCCUCUAUGUCGUCUCUUACGGCACGUUUCAUAUUCAUGCUCGGCGCCCAUAGGAACCCAAGCAUUGGCGACUCGAUAUCCCCGUCCGACGAUUUGCGCUCAUUGGCCACAUAUCACCUCCGGAAUCUGUUUUGGUUGUGUUAUUCGAUAGACAAGGAUAUAUCUCUGCGUACCGGCCAACCCCCGUGUAUCUCUGACUCGCAAUGCGAUCUUACCUUGCCAGCGCAGUAUGUCGACCAAUUCUAUGCGAGAUUUGAUCCUGAAUCGCCACGCAACAACUUCCCGGAAGUGCCGUUGUUCCCGCUCGAUCUUCGACUCAGCAUGAUAAAGUCAAGAGCGUACGACGCUCUCUACUCAGUGCGCGCUCUCCAAAAAACAGACGCGGAACUUCUGCGAGCUAUCCGCGAGCUAGACGCUGAUCUGGAGAGAUGGAGGGUAUCGCUGCCACCGCGGAUCAGACCGACCGUGUCUUUCUCUUACGAGAUGCCAAUCGAUGCCACUAUGGACAUGGGUGUCGUGAUGAUGCGGCUGGAUUAUCAUCACUGCUUAUCAAUGAUCCAUCAGGCGACAAGCCGAUGCAAAGCAUGGGCUGGCCCUGAGGACGGCGUUCUGGAUGGGGUUGGGUCGAGCUUAGCGUUAUCUGUCGAAGCCAGUCGGUCUACCAUAUUUUACCUACAGACUGCAGAACACGUUCUAGGAGAUGACUGCUUCUGGGUUGUCCUUUUCUACCCGAUGUCUGCUUUUCUGACCAUCUUCUGUCAUGUACUUCUACAUCCCCUCCACCCGCAAGCCGCUAAGGACGUCGAGCUACUUAACAAAGCUCCCGUGUUUGUGAGGGGGCUAUUCCGCCGUCAGAUCUCUGUAAAGGAACUCAUUCACCUGAAAGUCAUUACGGAGUUUGUGGCGGAACUGGGCAGGCUUGCAAAAUGCGCUAUUGAAAAGGCAUGCAGUGAGCGUUCUGCUUGAACAUUCUUAUCAAAUCCUCACACAUUAGUUACUGCUUAAUGCAUAUUAUGCGUAUGGUAUGGGUCUUUCCAGAACUUUCUUCUGAUAUCUAAUAUGAUUUGUUGGUGCCCGGGAAGGAUAUUGUUUCCAAUGGCCUGCCUGAUGAUUAUCCCCACAGGAUUAGUGAAAAUAAAAUAACCCUAGAAUUUGCAUUGUUGACAAUUCAACAGAAUUGCAUUGCAUCCUUCCGUUCCACUUCGGGGCCUAACUAUCUGACGCAGCAGGCGGAGAUAAGCGUCAUUAUCGCCGUCAUAGUGUACCU